GGGAGUGAGAUUGCCUAUAUAAACCAUCACAGAUCACGACCAAUCGACCUAUACUACUUUAUAGAUUACUAUAAUUUACAUCUACCAAAGGCAUAAUGGCGCGAACCAAGCAGACAGCGCGCAAAUCAACUGGCGGGAAAGCACCCCGGAAGCAACUGGCGACUAAAGCCGCUCGAAAAAGUGCGCCUGCAACCGGAGGGGUCAAGAAACCCCACCGAUACCGGCCAGGGACGGUCGCUUUACGAGAAAUCAGAAGAUACCAGAAAAGUACGGAAUUGCUCAUUCGAAAACUGCCCUUUCAGCGGUUGGUCCGAGAAAUCGCGCAGGACUUCAAGACUGAUCUGCGCUUUCAGAGUUCAGCCGUCAUGGCACUACAAGAAGCUAGUGAAGCAUAUUUAGUUGGGCUCUUUGAAGAUACGAAUUUGUGUGCUAUCCAUGCAAAGAGAGUCACCAUUAUGCCGAAGGAUAUUCAGCUUGCGAGGAGGGUGAGAGGCGAACGUGCGUAGGUUGGGUUCGUUUUUAGGUUAUAUGUCAAUAUAAUUAUCAUAUAGGUUUUGGCUUUGACAAAGCCCUUUUCAGGGCUGCAUUU